CAUUCUCUUCACUUUCUCCGUUUCACGCUCCCUCUUCUACUCUUAACUAUCUCAAUCUUCCGCCGCCUGCUCUGAACCCUAACUCCACCGCCACCGUGCCCUUCUCUCUGCUCCGCUCGACUCAUCCUUCUCCAUCUUCAGUCUUGCUCCCUGGUUCUUCGUGUCCCGGUUAUAGACAUGGUUGAACAGGGCAGCCAGAGGAAGAGGCCAAACAUACUGGUGACUGGUACGCCAGGCACAGGAAAGACGACAAUGUCCUCUGCUCUAGCAGAAGCUAUCCAACUUCGCCACAUCAAUAUUGGAGAAUUGGUCAAAGAGAAGAACUUGCAUGAUGGAUGGGAUGAUGAGCUUGAUUGUUAUGUCGUUAAUGAAGACUUGGUCUGCGAUGAGCUUGAAGACAUUAUGGAAGGAGGCGGGAACGUUGUGGACUACCAUGGUUGUGAUUUCUUUCCUGAGCGAUGGUUUGAUAUUGUGGUGGUACUUCAAACCGAUAACACUGUGUUGUAUGACCGAUUGAGCAAGAGGGGAUACACUGAGUCGAAGCUCUCCAACAAUAUUGAGUGCGAAAUCUUUCAAGUUCUGCUUGAGGAAGCUAAAGAAAGUUACCCAGAGGACAGAGUUAUUGCAUUAAGGAGUGAUACUGUUGAAGACAUAAAUAGAAAUAUUGCAACUUUAACAGAGUGGGUGACAAACUGGCAUCCCCGAUCUUAGUCGCAGCAAACUCAAUACAGCAAAAGCAGGACCCUGUACAUAUUGUUUAUUUGUUUUGCUGUGUCUUCUUCUUUGUACUGUUUUCCUUUUGAGUUUUUGUUUUGUAUUGGAACUGGCCUUCUGCCUGCUGUUUUCCUAAGUUGAAUUGCUAGCAUGCAGUUAUCUUUAAAGUUGUAUCUAUGCUAAGUUCCAAUAAUACAAGAUGGUAUGAACAUGGGAACUUCCUCAGAAUCCAGCUUUCGUUCU